GUCGCACAAUAGCGCAAUUAGUAGAGGAGCCGAACGUUGCUGGUUCCGCUGAGUGGAAUCAAAAAUCCACAAGGAGCAAUGCAGGAUGGCACACGGUCCCUACGGCAGCGGAAGUGCGGGCACGCUCCGACGCAAAGAAACAACAGCGGCAGGAGACCAAGCAACAGCAACAGCAGCAUCAACAACAACAGCAGCGCCCGACGGCCCAGCAGAAGCUCCCACGGUGUGAUGUCAUCAAGGUGACAUUGGCGAAGGAGGUCCCCUUCGAAGAGGGCUACAGGGACAUCAGGAAUGUUCUCACGACGAGGGAGGACGUGAUGUUCGGGAGGAAGACGGCGACUGGAGAGGGGAGGAGCUUCCUCCUCAAAGUCCCACGUGAGGGAAAUAGCGUGGACCUCCAAAAGAAGGUAGCAGCUUCGCUUGGCGAAAAGGCGGAAGCGGUGAGGGUGCUGCAGGACCACCGUGCGGUAGUGGUCAAACAUCUGGAUCCACUCGACAACGCCACUACUGUUAAGCGGGCCAUCGCCGGGUUCCUCAAGGUCGAGGAACAGACAUUGUCCAUGACUGUCAGCAUACGCUCGAUGGAUAGUGGGCUGCAAGUAGCGGUGGUGCGUCUGCCAACAUGCUACGCCAAUCGGCUGGAUGGCCAGAGGGUGACAAUGGACUUCACCGUAAACACCUUCCACCUCCUGGAGAAUUCGUCGCAGCCGCGUUGCUUCCGUUGCCACCUCACUGGACAUCGGGAGCGUCAGUGUACCGUGCCAGUAGCAGACACCCGCCGCAAGAAUUGCUGGAACUGCAGUGGGACAGGCCACAACGCCAGUGAGUGCACAAAGGAUGCACACUGCUAUGUCUGCAAUGGAAAUCACCGGCCUGGCUCUCGAGCCUGUAAAGGAGCGAGUGAACCCUCCUCUUCACAGUAAUACAACAGAACUUAAUGCACUGUGUGGAUGCUCAUAAUCUACUAACACAAGCCGCGAGAGAUGUAGAAGUUGAGGUCAUACUAAUAUCGGAUCCUUGGAAGGUUCCCAAGAUGACAUUGUGGCAGGCGUCGGUUGGCCAAUCAGCGGCGAUCUUCGCAUGCGGGACCAAGCCAAUUCAAAAGGUCAGGUGCCAGGCGAGUGGGAUGGUAGUUGCGGACAUUGGCGGCAUCACAUACGCCAGCUGUUAUGCCCCACCCCGCUGGACAUUCGAACAGUUCCAGAGCAUGCUACGGCGUCUAGAGGCUACGCUGCGAGGUUGCCCCAAGGUAGUGGUGGGGGGCGACUUCAAUGCAUGGCACACAGCAUGGGGGAGUGUUCGCAACAACCGAAGAGGAGCAGCGCUACUGGAGAUGAUGGAAGGCAUCGGUCUUGUCUGUGCCAACGUGGGCAACACCCAGACCUUCUUGGGUAAUCACGUGGGAGCGUCAUCCAUCGUAGAUGUGACAUUCGCCACGCCGAACAUCGUACAGGACUGGCAUGUGCAUGAGUGUCUCACGCGGUCCGAUCACGCGCAGGUCCGAUUCAGAAUAGGUGACCAAACCGUGGACAGGCGACCGCCACAAGCAACGGGAGCGUUCUUCAGGCGAUGGUGCGUCAAGCAGUUCGACCCGCAGGCGUACAAGCUGGCCCUGGAUGCUUGUGGCCUGGGUGACGCAACAACAGUCGCGGAAGUCACUAGCCGACUGACCGAGGCAUGUGACGAAGUGAUGCGGAGAGUGUCGGUCACUCCAAGAGCGCACUACGGUCGUCCGGUCUACUGGUGGACUGAUGAGAUUGCGGAGCUCCGAGACGCAUGCUUCUGGGCGCAGAGGACAGCGUACAAGCCGGCGCCCCCCGAUGUGCGCCAGCAGCGACAACAGUUUCUCCGGGAAACCAGGAAGAAGCUCAAGAAGGCCAUCAAAACCAGCAAACGGAGAUGCCUUCAAGAGCUUGCUGAUGCCGUUAAGGACAACCCCUUUGG